CCAACACCCACGCCGUUCGGCUCUUCUACAUACUCCCCGCAUCGCGCAUCGAUCAUACUCGACGCGCGAAGCCGUCUCAACACCGCAAUCAUGGCGCCCAAGAAGAAGGAGCAGGUCAAGAUGGCCCUUGGCGACUUCCUGCAGGACUCCAGCUACGGCGGAUCAUGGGCUGAUGAGGUCGAGGAUACGUACACUGGCACUCAGGCUCUCCCCGCCCCCGAGCGCGCUGGCUACCGUCCCAGCCAAGGUGGCUGGGGUAGCGGCGGCGGUGACCGCGGUGACCGUUCCGAGCGCAGAGACUAUGGCGGCUACUCUUCCAUCCGCGAGAACCUUCCCCAGCAGCUCCCCGAGAGACCCCCCUACACCGCCCACCUUGGCAACCUGUCCUACGAUGCCACCGAGGAGACUGUCAACGAGUUCUUCGAGGGCUGCAACAUCAUUAGCGUCCGCAUCAUCGAGGACCGCGAGCAGCAGCGCCCCAAGGGCUUCGCCUACGCCGAGUUCCAGGAUCUUGAGGGACUGAAGCAGGCUUUGACUCUGGAUGGCCAGACUUUCCAGGGACGUGCUAUCAGAAUCAAGGUUGCCGAUCCUCCCCGUGGUGGUAACCGUGACGGCGAAUCCAACCGCGACUUCAGUGACUGGUCCCGCAAGGGUCCCCUGCCCGACUUGCCUGGACGUGGUGGAAAUGAUCGUCGCCCCUCCGACUUUGGCGAGCGCCGUGGCCCCCGUGAGCCUCGUGAGCCCCGUGAGGACGACGGAAAGGUCCGCGACUUUGGCAACUGGGAGCGCAGAGGCCCCCUUUCCCCCGUUGCCCCCAAGGAGGGCUCUGGCUCCCGCGAUGGCAGCCGUCCCCGUACCAACGAUGGACCCCGCGAAUUCCGCGACCGCCGCCAGUCCCCUGCUGCCUGGGGCGAGGGUCAGGGACCCCGCCAGGACUCCCGUCCUCCCCGCCCCGAGAGAGUCCCCACUGCCGCCGAGACCGACAGCCAGUGGAGAACCAAGAUGCGCCCCGAUGCUGCCCAGUCCCGCGACGGCAGCGAGGCGCCUUCUUCCCCUUCAGCCGCCCCUGCCGCUCCCGUCGGCCGCCCCAGGUUGAACUUGGCGAAGCGCACCGUUUCCGAGGCUCCCGACGUUACGUCUCCCUCCGGAACUGACUCCAAGGCCAGCCCCUUCGGUGCUGCCCGUCCUAUCGACACUGCUGCAAAGGAGCGUCUGAUUGAAGAGAAGAAGGAACAACAGGCCAAGGAGAAGCGCGAGGCCGACGAGAAGGCCAAGGAGGAGCGUCGCCUUGCCAAGGAGGCCGCUCUUAAGGAGGCCGCUCUUAAGGAGGCCGAGGAGAAGGCUGAGCAAGAGGCUGCUGCCAAGGAGAAGGCCGAGAAGGAAGCUGCCGAGGCUCCCAAGGAGGAGGUCGCCCAAGAGGAUGCCGCUGACAAGGAGAACGGCACAUCUGAGGAGAAGAUUCCCGUCAGAGCCAAGGAGCCAAGAGAGCCCAAGGAGGCUGCCCCCAAGUCUCGUGCUGCUGAGGCUAACAGCUGGAGAUCAUCUGGUGCCUCCCGUGGUGCCCCGACUGGACCCCGCGGUGGACGUGGUGGACCUCGUGGUGGUGGCCGAUUUGAAGGAGGCCGCCCCCCUCGCUCCAACGGCCCUGCUGAGAAGCAGGCCCCGGCUGCUGCUGGCAGUGAGUCUGGCGAUGCUGCCCCUGUGGAGGACGAUGGUUGGACCACGGUCCCCAACAAGGGCCGCCGCAAUGUUGGACCCCGUGGCACUGCCUAGGAGGUGGGCGUGCACAGUCCAUUCAUCCUUCAGCGUCCGGCUGGACCCAGUGCGGUCAAGGCCGCAGUCGAGUCGGCAAUUAUCGCCGAGAAGAUGCUCCCACGUGUUUGCCUGCGGGGCCUAGACGACAUUUCUCGUCAUCACAUAUACCCAGACGACUCCGAAUACGAUUCUGACGAACGACUUUACGCCACGAACCGCUUACUAGGGGCUUGAAGGGCAUGAAUUCUCUAUU